CGCCUUUUGCGCUUGUGGUUCAAGAUGCUUCUGCCGCUGUAUAAAUAUUAGCUGCGAGUCUUCAUACAACAUCAUCCUAUUGCAUCGCAAGUUAUCACAAGGAGGGAUGACGUCCAACACCAAACCAGUGAGGCUCCCCCACUACUUCACGCUGAAGAAUGCCGAAGGGAACUACCUGACACUGAGUGCUGUUUUGAACUACCUCCCUUUCAACUUCUUCUCCUCCAAGGAGAGAACCCGUCUUUCAACAUAUGAAGCCCUCUACAACUCCAAAGACAACUCUGAUUCGACGGUGAUGAUCCGUGCUCCAAAUGGCCGCUAUUGGAGGAGAUUUUACGACAAUUCCUCGCCAGGAACAAUUCCGUCAGCCCAUGAAGAGCCCAAGGAUCCAAGCGACAAAACUUAUCAUUUCCAGAUCGUCGAAGCUCCCGAUGCCAAGAACAAGAUCGUUAUCAAGUCCACAAUCGACGGUCUCGACGUUUUCCCAGCGGCCGAAGUGCAGAACGCCGAAAGCCUUGCUCUCAAUUUCCCGACUUUCUUAAUGCUCAAGGCCAACAACGGCAAGUUUCUAUCCGCCUCUUCGGGAGAUAAGUCGUUGCGGUGCAACAUGGACAGCCGCGAGCUCGAGGGAGCUUUCCAGGCCACGCCACUUGUGGACGGGAACUUUAUCUUCCAGAGCGUUACCAGCAAGCUCUUCUGGCGCCGGGACACUGACAACGAUGACUGGAUCAUCGCAGACACAAAGAAAGAAGCCGCUCUCGAGGAUCGUUUCUGCCACUUCAACGCAUCCAGAGUGAGUAAGAACAUGAUCACCAUCCGCUGCGUCGGAUACGACUCGGGCCUCUUUGUCCUUCGUAGCGACAACGAAAACAAGCUCAAGGCCGUCUCCUCGAGCGUCGACAACGCCGCGACACACUUCACCGUCUAUGAUGGAACCAGCAACAAGCACAUCUUCAACGUGAAGUACCUUCUCGGGCUUGCGGAGGUGACCGAUAUCCGUCCUCUGGUCGUCGGCCAAGGCUCGGUGGUGAACAACGGUGGCCAGAACGCCGACCUCCAGGUUCAAGUCAGCUUCACCGAGUCCGUAUCAACGAGCAACCGCUGGAUGACGUCCCAGACGGUGGGACUGGAAACCAGCCUGACCGUGAGCGCUGGAAUCCCCGAGAUCGCCUCCGUAGAAGCCACCGUCACAGUCGGGGUGGAGAAAACCACCGAGACCGAGCUCGGAAAGGAGAUGACCAACCUGCUUACAUUCCAGUCUGGCUAUCUCAUCAAAGACGUGCCUCCCGGAGGAGAGGCCAAGGUGGCAGUGGAGUGUACCAGGGGAAAAUGCAGAGUUCCCUUCACGUACUCCACCAAAGCUACUCGACUCGACGGCAUUGACACGAAAGUGGAGGACGAGAUCGGUGGUGUUUACGAAGGUGUGUCCAUUUUCAACGUCAGGGGCGUGAUCAGUGGCUCGGCUCCUUCCAAACCAGCCGCUACUUCCAAACCAGCUACUGGUAGUGGUGGUCUUGUGGGUUCUGUUGUUAGCGGAACGGGAACUGUGGUUAGUGGAGUUACCAAGGGCACUGAGAAAGUCGUGGGUGGUGUUGUUGGUUCCCUGUUUGGCUGAUGAGAGUUUCAUCGACUAAAAAAUUAUGGUGAGUUUUAUGUAAAGCUAAGCUCCAUUGGCAGGAAAGGUGGAGUGCCUUUUGUGAUGAAGGAUAUUUGUCCGAGGAGUUGUUGAGGAUCCACAGACGGCAAUAGGAGUUUGAUGCUGUUCUUUCCAGCGAAAAAUCGUACCUUUCGCUGGAAGGAACAAACAGAGACCUGGGAGCAAGAAGAACUCGGCAAUAUCCAGAGGACAAGACGAAGAUAAGCUCGCAUUUCCAGCUUCGUUACGCUGUUUCGUAUCAAGCUGAUUUUAAGUUCGCUGGAGUCAGUGGACUGUUUGUUUUCUUGAUCCCAGGUUGGCGAUUCGAGAGUGUCGUGGUUGCCUAGGCGAGGCUCAACUCAAACGAUGAUACAGGAGAAGACUACAAAGAACCGGAGAGUUAAGCUUACAAGAUCUUUUCUAGCAACUCUAAAGCCUCCACUCUCGCGAAACACGAGCGAAGGGAAGACCGCGGCAACGGAGCCCAAGACACGCGGUCACACGCCCACGCCGAUCCAAAUCUUCCGCCGGCUGCUCAUCGAGGACGAGGAAUCAGGAGCGCUGGAUCGACAAUGGGACUUUGGGGAAUGGAGCGGAGCUCGGUCGCUGCCGCUGGCACUGUGACUUCGUAAGAAUCUGGAGCUGCAGCUGGAGCUUAGGAGCUGGGACUGGAGCUCGGGAUGUUUGAGCUGUUGUUACCUGGAUCACCGCGCUGUGGAUCAUCCUCUUGUCCCUUGCUCGAGUGUUGUUUCUCUCGAAUCUCGAUCCAGAGAAAGACUUUCGGUGUUUGAUCCAUCAAAUCGGUUGGAACAUGGUACACAGGGCGCUCCCUGGCGCCCUCACAUCCAGCACGUAUGGAUUCUUGCGGGUGGAUUCGCACAAGAAAUCUUCGUCCGAGGAAGCAGCGGCUGUGGCGGACGAUCCGGUUGAACGAGGAUGAAAAAGAAUAUACUCUUUAAGAAUUUACUAAGGGGAAUUUGAGAAUGGAAAUACUGUGAUCAUUUUGAUAGUAUGAUAUCAAUAUCAUUCAUUUAAAGCUGACUGU